ACACAGUGGAUCACCGAUCACGGAAAGAGCCGAAGAUGUCGGCUCGGUCAUGUGAUCAACUGUGUCCAAUCACAGCUGAUCACAUGUACACUGAUCAUCAGGGCCCUGAUGAUCAGUGUAGCCCCAGCAGUGCCACCUGUCAGUGUCCAUCAGUGCCUUAUGUCAGUGCUCAUCAGUGCCUCGUGCCAGUGGCCAUCAGUGCCACAUAUCAGUGCCUACCAGUGCACAUCAAUGCCACAUAUCAGUGCCCAUCUGAGCUGCCUUUCAGUGUCACCCAUCAGUGCCAGUCAGUGCCACCUAUCAAUGCCAAUCAGUGCCACCUAUAAGUGCUGCCAAUCAGUGCCACCUAUCAGUGCGAGUCAGUGCUGCCUAUCCUGCGCUAUCAGUGCGCAUCAGUGCCUGUCAGUGCUGCCUAACAGUGCCAGUCAGUGCCCCCUAACAGUG